GCUUCCUUCUAUUUUAUUUGUGGACUAGAUUUUGAUUUGUUCUAGGGAAUAUAAUUAAAGUUAUUUACAUGGGGUUUUUGAUGAACUAGAAUUGUCGACACGACAGGAAUCGAAUUCUGAAUUCUUUUGAAACAAAUUCAAAUUCCCAAUUUAUUAUUUCAUUCUUUGAUUGUCUGGUUUUGUCUAAUUUUGUCUUAACUCUUAUCUGUUUUUCUUGAUGAAUUUUUUAUUUCUCAGAAAAAAAAAUUGAUUGAAAAUCUGUGGCCGUCGAUUUUUGCUCUUAAAUCAUGGUUUAAAGUUUAGGGUUGUCGUUCAGGUACCGUCAGUCUGGCGUUGAAUGUAAUGUAACAAUGUAAAGCUAAAGAGGGGCCUUUUUUUUCGUAUUCAUUGCCAGAAAAGACAGAAGGGAUUCUCUCUUCCAUGAGAUUGAAGUUUUUUCAUAACUAUGUUUGGUGAAAAAGGCUUGGAUCUCUUCUACAUGUAUGUAUUGGUUUAGUCUCCCUAGUGGUAAAGAAAACUCCCUUCACUCUGGCAGCUGCAACUAGCUCCAAGUCUUCUCGCACCUUCAAAUGGGUGUGGGAUAAUGGAGUGAUAUCUCUUGGUGUUUUGAGGAAAUCAAGAUCAUCACACAUUUGGAGAUUGUGUCGUGUUUUAGAGGGGCUGUCGCUCGAUUACGGCUAAGGUUAUUAUUGGCUAAACAUUGUUGAAACUAUCUAUGUAGUUGUUCUUCCGAUUCGUCUUGUAAGGAUUAGACCUUUGUUUUAGGACUUGUCAUUAAACGAGCAAGUUGGUUUUUGUUAUCGAUUUAAUAUUGUGUACAGCAAAUGUAGGCUGUCUGUGGAUGUAGUUUUUCAGUUGGUCCUCCUUCUCCACAAUGGUUAUAUUUUCUUGUUUCCAUGCUCACAAUCAUAACCACAAAGUAAAGAAAAUGGGCCAACAAUCUCCCGAAGCAAUGCAGAAAUCACUUCAAGAUCUUUCUCAAAGUAAUGUCUCAAAGAAUGCUCCUCAGAGUACAACUCCAAAUCAAUUAUUGAUAAAGACAGGGAAUGCUAAACAAGAUAUCAACAGAGCAUAUCACAUGACUUCCAUCAUUGAGAAUAGCAGAAUGGCUAAUGAGACGUGUCGCCUGAAAAAAAGUCAGUCCCUAGGAAGCAUGCCAUAUGGGGAUGGUUUGGCUGGUGCAGACAACGACACUGAAGAAGGCAGAGUACUUUCCUGUGACCGUUCCCAAUGUAGGCUUGAGAUUUCAGAUUCUGAAAAGGCUCGAGGAUUGGGCAUCUCUGAUCGGUUUAAAGACACUGUAGCCUCGGAUUCUAUUCGUGCAAAUUCUGGUGCUGUUAUUAAAGAAGAAAUCUUCUCUAUCGAUGACCCGGCAUGUAGAGAAAUGGAAGGUGGGGAUAAUGCUGGUUCUAUGCUAUCUUUUGAUGGUGAUAAUAGGAAUUAUACACCUAGCACCACACAAAUGAUUGUAAAAUCAUGUUCAAUGCCGAACUUUGAUGCCUCAUCACCUGUUUCUGGUGGUUCUCCCUGUAAGGAUUUCCUACCACCAUCGAGAUCUUCUGAUGAUCUCCAGCUCUUUGUUCCAAGGCAUGGAGAGAUCUCACUUCAUGAGAUGGAAGUCCAAGUAAAUGGAUCGCAAUCAAGAGAAGAUAUUGUGCAUGAGAAUGAGAAAAUUUAUUAUGAAAAUUUUUCGGAUGACGGAAAAGAUUCUUACCACGAUGUUGAGCGGGACUGGAAAACAUCAGUUGUAGAUGAAAUAAAUCCAAGGGAGGCUCUACAAGAAGAAUCUGAAUCCCCGGUAUAUUAUCUGAAUGAAUUGCCAACCAAUGACUUCAGGAUGAAGCGUAUUGAGGAGUGGGUCAGUGAUCUUCAACAUUGUAAUUCGUGUGAUGAAACAACUGAAGUAUAUGAAUCUGCUGUUAAUGAAGUGAAAAGAGAUUCUAGUAUAGAAACUGGUUCCAGUGUUGGACGAGUCGAUUCCAAAGUGACUGCAGGCAUGGAAGCUGCUAAGAGAUAUAUAUCUUCAAUGAAUGCAGCAGCCACUACUGCACAAUUGGCAAACCAUGGAUUGGUUGUGAUCCCAUUUCUUAGCGCAUUUGGAAGCUUAAAGGUGCUCAAUCUACCAGCAAACUCCAUAGGAAAAAUUACUGCUGGUGCUCUACCCCGAGGUUUACAUAGCCUGAAUUUGUCGAAAAAUAACAUUGCAAACAUUGAAGGCUUACGGGAAUUGACACGACUACGUAUGCUGGAUUUGAGCUAUAACCGGAUAUGCCGAAUUGGACAUGGCUUGGCUUCUUGCUCAUCGUUGAAGGAGUUGUAUUUAGCUGGAAAUAAAAUUAGUGACGUAGAAGGUCUUCACCGACUCUUAAAAUUAUGCAUACUCGACCUACGCUUUAACAAGAUAUCAACAGCCAAGAGUCUCGGUCAACUCGCUGCCAAUUACAAUUCUUUGCAAGUCAUCAGCUUGGAAGGCAACCCUGCACAGAAGAAUGUUGGAGACGACCAAUUGAAGAAACAGCUGCAGAGCCUUCUUCCACAUCUGGUUUACUAUAACCGACAGCCCACCAAAGGCGGUACCUUGAAGGAUGGUACUGACCGGUCAGUCCGCCUAGGCAUAAGUAGCCAUCAGCUCGAGCAUGGUGCAAGACCAGAUCACAAGAGCGUGAGGAAGAUUGCUCACAGCCACAGAAGCCAGGGAUUCGUCUCGCCUAGACGAUCCAAGCUUCGCCAUGGAAAUGUCCAUGCACUGCCCCCUACUGGAAGUAAAGUAAAUGGCAGUACUCGACAACACCAUCGUCUUGAAAUGAGCAGUAGGCGAUUAGAGUAUAAAUCAGACUCUCUUAUGCGACGGAGUCGAAGUGAGGGAACCUUGGCAGAUCUUUGAGUUAAUUAUUUAUUACCGUACUUAUUGAAUGAGUUAAGUCGUCUGGACUACUCUUUUGAGCUUAGUUUUUAGUGUUCAAUAAUCUCUUUUGAGCUUAGUUUUUAGUGUUCAAUAAUCUCUCAAGCCCAAUGUUAUCAAAAUUUGAAUUUUCGUAAUGGAUUUACUUUAUUUUGAGUUUCA